AUGUCAAAUGCGACCACAGAAAAGGACUUGCUUCCAAGCCCAUACGAUCCAAAGUAAGUUUUUUUAAUACUACGAGUCUUGGUCAACUGUAAAUCGAUACUCGAAUCUGGUUUAUAUCUACAGCAGUAACUAGGAAUGGUAUCCUUGCUAAUUAAUACGUUUAUAUUUGAAUAGCCUUUCAAGUGAAGUUUCAACUGAGUUUUAGCCUAAAGUAUGAUUACAAUUGGGCUGCCUGUGGAAAAUCCUAAUCUAAAAAUGGACUUCAUCGUCUGUGAAGCAAAAAGACAAAAUUCAGACGAAUCAACCAGAAGGUGUUGCGUGUCCUGAUCUUUUGACAAUUUAGGGGAGGUGUUCGUCUUAAAUUGCGGUGAUCCUUUUUGCGUUAAUUGUACCUUAGUGUUUGGCAACAAGGACAGUAAUGGCGACAGCAAAAAACAAAAUUGCCAUUUCUUUCGUCUCCAGUGCUGGCUUUGCGGUAUAUUGGGACUUUGUCCUUGGACUCAGCUCCUCACUGUCCAGGUGCAGACUCGCUGCAGGUGUCUAUAAAGGAGUGGAGAUUGCAACAGACGUGAAAUUGCUGCCGCUUGUCAGAACGACAGCUAUUACCAAAGAAAGCCAUCCCACAAUACCUUCUGGCGGCGUUGGUGUUGUUGGAGUCAAACAUCCAUUUCCAAGGUGGGUUUAGGCGCUUGCAUGUAUUACAAACGAAAGUAAUUUGCAAUUAAGUGAAAGUGAUUUUUAAAGUUAAGAAUGUGUUAGGGAUGGGCACUCCCAGUAGUGGCUUUGGUCAAAAUUCCAAAUUUCAUUUGAUGAAGUGCUGAUAAAUAAACGGUACCAUGUGAAAGCACUGCCUAAGCUGCGUACUAAAUUAAAAGUACCACACGUGAAAUUACUGAAGAGGUUUCAUUUAAAUGAUCACACCAUAGGAUUUCAUCCACAGACUCAAAAGUUAAAACCACCUUCCAAGAAUUUGCUUCGAAGAGAAAGAGUCAUAGUGAAAUGUCAGGGAAAGGGGUUCCCAUGCAAACCUGUGUUUUCUGUUAUUUAAUUAAUCUGGCUGUGAUUUGUAUUUCUGCAGAUGUCUUCCCGAUCAGGAUCUCUGUCUUGUUGUGGAGCUCCAAGCUAACAGCGCCGAGGACUCGAAUGACCCCACUGAAUUAUUUUCUAAGGGAUGGACAAAAAUCGACCUGUUUGAUAUCAGCAAUCGGCUGCUGAGUGGAAGGUAA